CACAUCCCCCUCCCAUCCUUUUGCCUUAUGUUAUACCAUCCACACACACACACACUUGCAUAGUCGUUGCAUGCAAGACAGGCAGAGGCAGCAGCCACAUCUCAACUUGUAGAGAUCCUCCCCUAUAGCUCCCAGUCCCAUCGUACCACGGCACCGUGCAAGCAACUACUACCAGACACCACAACAGCUAGAGCACACCACACGAGGCCGGCGAUGUCGUCAACCAGAGCACGCGGCGGUGGCGGUGGUGGUACGAGGCAGUUCCCGGUGGGGCGGCACCGCCGGUACGCGCCGGUGGUGGACGCCGGGUGCGGGUGCCGCCCGCGCCGCCCGAGGCUGCUCAGGCUGCCGUCGUUCCUCAAGCCCUGCAGCCAGCUGAUGAUGGGCAGCUGUAAGGCGGCUGCGACGACGACGAGGAGCGGCGGCGGCGGCGAGCAGUACUCCUGCGCCUCCACCUCCACCGCUUCCUUCUCCUCGUCGUCGGCCGCCACGCACAGCACCGGCGGCUACGCGUCCGCCUACUCCUCCGACUACUACUACUGCUACCCCUCCCGCGUCGUGUACGGAUCCUGCACCGCCAAGCAACACCAUGAGCUGCCGCUGCCGCUGCCGCCGGUCCGCAAGCAGCAGCAGCAGCAGCAGCAGCAGCAGGCGUCACCUGCUCGCGCGCCGCCGGCGGUCGUCGGCAAGAGGCAGGCUAAGAAGAAGAAGAAGAGGGCGGCCGAGAAGACGGUGGCGGAGGCCGCUGACGGCGUGGGCGUGGCGGUGGAGAAGGAGUCGUCGGACCCGCGCGCGGACUUCCGCGACAGCAUGGUGCAGAUGGUGGUGGAGAUGGGGCUGUGCGACUGGGACGGCCUCCGCGGCAUGCUCCGCCGCCUCCUCGCGCUCAACGCGCCGCGCCACCACGCCGCCAUCCUCACCGCCUUCGCCGAGGUCUGCACGCAGAUCGCCGGCGCCGCGGCCGCUGCCGCUCCACCUACCCAGCCGUCGCCGCCAGCGUCGUACCAGUACCGGCGCUGAUGCAUGACAGCGUCCGUCCACCAUAGCCAUACCCGGCUACCCGCUCGUGCCGGCAUGCGGCGACGGACAUGGUGGUUGCAGGAAUAGGAUCUCUGAGCAGAGGAAAAGGGGGACGACAGCUGCAGCCACAAAGUACAAAUUUUUAACCGUGGUUAGUCAGGAAAUUAGGCUAAUCAAGGACAUAUAUAUAUAUAGUAGUAUAGUAAUUAAUAAAGUGGUGUGUGGCAGCACUAUUAGACUAGCACACCAUGUUCUUGAUCCCAGGUAGUUGAUGAGUUGUUGCUCUUGGUUUAUUUAUUUCAGUCUUGCAGUUAGAAUUGUGUGAGGUUGUGCUUGCUUGUCUAUGGGCUAUGGCUUUUCGUUUUUGCAUGAAGGCCAUCAAUCCAUGGACAUGGGAGUAUGAUCUGCCGAGUCUACUACCAAUCCGUAGCUGUAAUAUGUACACGUAUGCAUGUGUACGACUUGUUGAAUUGUACGCGUAUGUAUGUGUGUUAAAAAUUAGUCAUGGUUUGAUAAAAUUGUAUGGUA